CUUUAACACACCUCAUCAUGGCCGACAACACACCCAACAUUGCCAACCCCAUCUAUGUUCCCGAGAACCUCUUGAAGAAGAGAAAGAUCAAUGAGAAGAAAGCCAUUGAGAAUGCACGAAAGCGUGCUGAGGUCCGUAAACAGGGCAAGAAAGAUUCCAAGACAGUCUUCAAGCGUAUCGAUCAGUUUAUCCGCACCAACCGAGAUCUCGAGCGUGAGACUACCCGUCUUCGCCGCCAGCGUGUAAAGGCCAAGCAGAGUCGUGCUGUGCCUGACGAGAACAAGUUGCUCUUUGUCCUCCGCCACAAGUCCACCCCUACCCUCCACCCCUCUGUCCGCAAAGCAUUCCAAAAAUUGCGCCUGACAAGUCUCAACACCGGUGUUUUUGUCAAGCUCAACGAAAAGUCUGCACCUAUGCUCCAGGCCAUUGAGCCCUAUGUUGUGUUUGGUGAGCCUACUCUCAAGACAGUCCGUGAUUUGUUGAUCAAGCGUGGUUAUGCAAAGGUCAAGGGAAAGCGCACUGCUAUUUCAGACAACGCCAUGGUAGAGGAGGCCCUUGGAAAGCAGAACAUCAUCUGUUUGGAAGAUAUGAUUCACGAGAUUGUUAAUGUUGGAGAACACUUUGAUGCCGUCAACAAGUUCCUCUUCCCAUUCAAGCUCUCUAGCCCAGUUAAGGGAUGGCGCCAGAGAAGAUUGAAGGAGAUCAUGGACAAGUCAGAAGGUGUUGACCAGGAGGGAGAUGAUAUCAACAAGAUGGUAGAGGCCAUGAACUAAACGGUGAAUAAAGGAUCAAAAAAAAAAGGGAAAAGAAGAAGAGGAAGAACAAGAACAACAUCAAAAAAAAAGACAAGGGCAAUACUUGGGGGGUUUUUUUUUUGGUUUUUUGAUUACGAUUUUGUUUCGCACUAACAAAUCCAAAAUCCAAUAACUUUGCUUAUUUCUUUCAUUUUAUUUUAUUUCGCUUUACUUUUUUUUUUAUUAUUUUAUUAUUUUAUUUUUAUUUUUAUUUUUAUUUCACUUUAUUAUACAACUGCAUUUCAAUAACUCGCUCUGAUAAAAAUCCCUUCUUUUUCUUUUUUUUUUAAAGAAAAAAAUAAUAAUAAAGCACUAUAAGUGAAGCUUUGGUGAAUCUUUAUAAAGAAAAUUCACUUUGCUUUUUUGUACAUUCU